GUGAUCCACAUUUGCAUAAUUGCAGACCAAAGUCGGCGUUGAUUUCCCCUCUCGAAAAAAGAAACAGAAAUUAUUCCCUUUCCAGGGAUUCAAUUUUCUUUAAAAGAUGCCAAGAAUCAAGAGUAAGUACCGGUGUCCGGAGCAGGAGUUAUCCUUCCAAAGGCGACUCCUGGGUGGAGUCGAAAGGAGUUUCAGACCAGCUGUGGCAUACAUUAAUUAUCCAGACAAUCCCAUGUCAAACUCGGAAGUUUUUAUAAAUGUGAUAAAAUGUGCCUUUGGCACAGGUUGCUUGGCCAUGCCUCGUGCCUUUCACAAUACUGGUUGGCUUACUGGCCUAGUCAGCACAUUUCUAGUCAGUUUUCUGGUAGUCUAUGCCAUGAAUGUCUUGCUUCAGCAUAUUCAUCAUCUGGGUAAGAUCCAUGGCAACCCCCAUCUAAGUUACCGAAAAACCAUGGAAUUCGCCCUAAGCCAAGGACCUCGGUGUCUGCACUUCGCGGCCAAGCCUUUGGGAUACUUAGUCGACAUCCUUUUGGGAACCUAUCACUUUGGCGUUCUCUGUGUAUAUGUUAUUUUUGUGGCCAAGAGCAUGAAGUAUUUACUGGAUCUGCAUUUUUGGUUUUUGGAUGAAAGGCUAUACAUGGCUCUUCUGACCUUUCCGUUGGUGCUGACAUUCUUGGUUCCCAACCUCAAGUACUUGGUUCCAUUCGCCUUGAUAGCCAAUAUUCUGAUAUUCUUUGGGUUUUCCAUAAUUGUAUGUUACCUUGUCAGAGAUCUUCCAAGCUUUGAAGACAUCCCUGCUACUCGGCCCCUGAAAACCUGGCCAUUAUUUUUUGGCACUGUUCUUUUUGCCAUCGAAUCUGUGGGAGUGAUCCUUGCCUUGGAGCGUAACAUGCGAACUCCUGAGCGCUAUCUGGGUCCUUGUGGCAUCCUUAAUCAAGCCAUGGCUUUCGUUAUCUUUUUCUAUGCAGCCUUUGGCUUCCUGGGCUAUUGGCGGUUUGGUCAGAACACCUCCAAUUCCAUAUUACAAGAUCUACCCGCCAGCGAUACCCUUAUCCAGAUGGUCUUGGCCAUGUUUGCUCUGGGAAUAUUCUUCAGCUACGCGUUGCAGGGCUCCGUGACUGUGGACAUCAUUUGGAAGGGCUAUUUAGAGCCAAACUUGGAGGAAGGUUCCGGCAGGAUUACCGAAAUGCUUGUGCGGAUCGCCCUGGUCAUUGCCUCGGUGCUGGUGGCCAUUGAGUAUCCGGAUUUUGGAUUGAUUCUCUCUCUAACCGGAUCCUUUUGCCUGGCACAAUUGGGUCUAAUCUUUCCCGGAAUCGUGGACUUCUGCGUCUGCUAUGUCGAAGGAUAUGGGCCUGGCUAUAUCUUGCUCUUUCGGGCGUUAACGUUUAUAUUCAUGGGUCUCGCAGGCGGUGUGGCCGGUACAGUAGUCACUCUACAAGUCCUGAAUCAACGGUUUCCCUUUUUACGGUUUUAG